AUGGAGAGGCAUCGCCGCGGAGAGCAACCGUACGCUCUUGUAACGGAUUCCUCUCAAGGAAGGGAGUUUGCUCUCGAACUUGCGCGGUUAGGGUUCAACGUGAUCAUCCACUCGUUUAGUGAAGAGGAACUCGCACCUGCUCGCAACGAAUUUGCAUUCAAAUAUCCUCAAAUCACUGUCAAGAUGCUUGUACAGGAUUCAUCCGUCGUCGUAGACUGGCUGAAUCUUAUCAAACAUGUGGAGGGCUUGAAUAUCACGGUACUCAUCAAUAAUGUAGGCGCAUCCCCAACUCCUUUUAAACCAUUCGACAUCAUCUCGGAUGAUGUGAUUGAGAAAUGCAUCCGUGUCAACAGCAUAUUCCCAACACAAUUCACACGAAAUCUGCUACCAACGCUCAUCGAACGUUCUCCUUCCCUCAUACUCGAUAUCUGCUCAGCAUCGAAUUGCGCGCGAAGUGGAUUCAUUACAGUCCUCGUCUGGUCACAGGCCCUUUAUCACGAGCUCAAGCUCCUGAAGAGGGAUGCAGAGUGCAAGGCAGUUAUGACUGAGAAUAUUCAGACGUACGGUCAUAAUGUUCGAACGACCCUUGUCACUCCAACGGCUGAAGUCUCGCCCGUUCAGCUUUAUCUCGUGCUGAUAGUCGCGGGCCAGUGUAUGUUGGCUGGUGGAGACAUGCAGUGCAUGUGA